GAUCCUGUCUGGCUCUUACCACAAGGAUAUUCAGAAGUGGGAGCCGCGACUGUGUUCAACUUUUAUUUAUUUGGAACCCAAGUAUGCCAAUUUGACCUCAGAGAAUGGAACUACGAGUAGCAAGCAUUCUUCUUCUCCUGGUGGCUUUGACGGCUGCCCAUGGUGAGAGAUAUGUUGUCAAGAAGGUGAUGAAGGCCCCCCAGUACCAGCCUUACUCAGUGAAAAGCCAAGUGGUAUCAGUAGCAGGAGAACCAGGCAUCCCCGGUGAGCCCGGUCAACCUGGACCUCCUGGGCCCCCUGGACCCGCAGGAGAAGAUGGUGAAGGACUGCCAGGGCCACAGGGACCUCCUGGACCACCUGGUCCUGCUGGUUACUCAGCACCUGGAAAACCUGGUUCUCCCGGUGGACCCGGCAAACCCGGAGCCACAGGUGCACCCGGACUUAAAGGAGACAGUGGUGCCCCUGGUCCUCAAGGCCCCAGAGGCAUGCCUGGUCCUGUUGGUAGCCCUGGACCUGCAGGCAUUUCUGCAACAGGCAAACCUGGACAAUCAGGUCUUCCAGGAGCAAUGGGACCACGUGGAGAGACGGGUCUUAAAGGACAUCCAGGUAUUCCUGGUCUGCCAGGACAAAAAGGAGAAAGAGGCAUUGGGGUUCAGGGGCCACCAGGUGAGAGAGGUCCAGCAGGAGCAGUGGGUCCUUCAGGGAAGCCUGGUGAGCCUGGUGUUGGAAGACCUGGCAAACCUGGAAAUCCUGGCGAACCAGGUAAAUCAGGCUCACCUGGCCGUGACGGAGAACCUGGACCCAUGGGUGCAACAGGUCCAAAAGGUCAAACGGGUGCUCCUGGAAUUGGAAUGCCUGGCAAGCCAGGUGAAAAUGGUGCCCCAGGAAUUCCUGGAUUUACUGGCCCCAAGGGUCCACAAGGCGCAGCUGGUGCCCCUGGUGCUCCUGGUGUUCCAGGUUAUGGUAAACCAGGUGAGCCUGGUGUAAAAGGUGAGAGAGGAGUAGCUGGUAGCCCAGGUACAACAGGCCAGAAAGGUGAGCCAGGUGCUAAAGGGCACACUGGAUAUCCAGGUGCUACUGGUCCUGUGGGUCCAGCUGGUGCUCAAGGUUCAAGAGGUUUCCCGGGCGAGAGGGGGGCACAAGGUGAUAAGGGUGAUCAAGG